AUGAAGAGAGAAGGGUUGACUUUUGUAACUAUACGUCACUGGCUUUUAAAUUAUUUCGCUUAUGAUUUUAUUCCAUGUCGUGAUCUACGAACCACACUGACCAAAUAUCUAAAUAACCUUCCUUCACAUCAAUUGGUAAAAUAUUCGCCACGUGAUCAAAGGAUAGUACAGGGAUUAAAGAGGGUUAUAAGGAGGUUAAAGAAAGUAUAUUAUCGGAAGAGUGAUAUGAGCUCUGUGAAAAAAAAUGAUGAUAUAUUUAGCAUUGGCUCGAAAAAAUUGGGUGGAAAGAACAAUGAGAAAUUGACCGAACCACAGAAAGAUCUUGACGUGGACAAAAUAAUGGUCGACAGUGGGGGUGGUAGUGGUGUAGGUACAUCAUUAAUAGAAGAAUCGGCGAAUAUUGCUGUCUCAUAUGACAGCAGUAAUUAUUACACAGUAACUCAAAAACAAUCAAAUAUAUUAAGACAUCAGUCAUCGUCUUCAUCUUUGGACUCAACAAUUACUCCAGGAACAACCGAUUCCGAAUCGGAAGCAAUUGAAUAUUAUACGCCUAAUAUUAGUGGUGUAUCUCGUAAAGAAACUCAUCGGAACAUUAUAUACUCUAGUAGUAGUAAUUCACAUACUAGCGAUGAAGAUUUAUCUUCUAAAGCCACACAUGACCAAAUUGAUGAGUUAUACGGUCAAAAAUGGUCAAAGAAUUUACCAACUAGUUCUAGUGAAUUAGGGGAUGACAUUUAUACGGACAAUAAUGUUUAUGAAUAUGAGGAUGAUGGUGCUGGCGUGAGCAGCAGAAAAGCACCACGUGCAUCUAUGCCAGAACGGUUGGCAGUUCCAAUAGAUCUAUUACGACAUUCAGAAAGAAAAGCAGAUAAAUGGAAGAAAAGAAGUAAUUCAAUGGGUGACUUAUCACAAAGAAGAUUAGAUAUAUUUAAUCAAUUAGGAAGUGAAAUAAAUGAGAAUGAAAAUCCGUUAUCUGAAGAAGAACCUCCACCACUUCCACCACGACGCAGAAGGCAUACACUUGAUGUUUCAUCUGCAUCACCUUCAUUUUUUAAAAGUGGAUUUUUAAAAAACAACUUUCCUUUGAAGAAACCUAAAAAGGCUACCACGCAAGAAAAAAUCGUGGAUUAUUCGCUACCUAGUUCUCGUGGAAUAACAAGAAGAAAUUCGUCACCUGCAUUCAUUGGUUCAAAUUCUUCAAGAACUGGAAAUCAACCACCAGUUCAAGAACAAAGUUGGCGUCGCCCUGCCGCACGUCCUUCAUGGCCUCGAAAGAUGUCAAUCACAGUAGGGAAAUUCGCAAAAGGAUUAUUUAAUGGUGAGAAAAAUAAAGGUGCUACUCAGUCAGGAACAUCGACAAAGUGUGGUGGUAUUCAAGGUGAUUUUCGGACAAUGAGAUUCGGUAGGCUUAGUAUGCUAUGUGCAACAUCUUCUGGUUCAGCCAGCACCGAAGAGAUUGACUCCGACCUAUCUUGGGGAGAUGGCACUAGCCCAAAACUUUUUAAUGGAGAUGAAUAUCAUAUUCAUCUCGAUGGAUUUUCUUACGUUGAUGAGUCUGUCGAAGAAGAAUAUUACGACACGUCUCAUCCAGAAGAAUCUGAGAUAACAGAGCAACAAUUUGAACAGUGGUAUGAUGAACAGCAAAGUACACACGAUGACACUAAUUUUGAGAGUUUAACAUCAUCACCAAUUGAUUCGCACCCUCCCACAUUUUCCACCCUUUCCCAAGAUAAGCAAAGCGACGAUGAUGAUAUACAGGAUUAUGAAGAGCCAAGAGACAAUCGUCAAUUAGUCCGUGCUACUCGUAGAAAGGCAAAAGUUUGGAAUUUAGUUCCGGUGAUUGAAGUUGAAGAUGAUGUAGAUCAACCCACUCAAUCAUCAGAGACGGACACUUAUUUUGUGUCACAAAGUUCGUCAAAUGGAUCACAAAAAGAUGAUGAACAACAACCAACUCGCAAACAAAGCUAUCUUGCAAGUGUUUCGGAAGUUGAGGAAGGUGUCGACACAGAUCCAAACUUUUCUCCUCAGCAAUCUUUUGAACAAGAAUAUGAUGAUUUAUAUGAAGAAGAAGAAUCAGGUGACCACCAUAAUAUUCGUACUCUUCGUCGACUUCCAAAAGUACCUGAUUUACGUUCAGUUACCAACCUCAAAGAUUUAGAUGAAAAGUCCGGCAAGCGUGUCUCCUGGGGAACGUUUUCUUCUUAUGGAGUUGAAGGCGGUGGCGCAACAGCAGACUCUGCACCUGAUUCCAUGAUGUCACUUUCUCGAUCAACAUCAAAAACGGCACCAACGUCAAGACGUAGAGGGCCUGCUAAGAAUGGAUCUCAAGAAAGUGGGGCUCGUCAACGGACUAGGCACACCACCUCUAAACCACCUAAAAAUUCUUCAGAAGCAAUGGCUCUUGAAAAAGGCACUAAUAACAAUAGAGGUAGUAAUAUUUCACGUUCUAAAAGACCAAAACAUACACCAAUUCACACAACCACUGAACCGAGUGUUAGUCAAGGACCAAAUCCAAGUUCCCGACAACACCCAUAUAAAUCUUUCAUACUGUCGUAUAGAUCAGAAGCAAUUGCGAAACAGUUUUGUUUAAUUGAAAGAGAUCUUCUUAUGCAAGUCCAGUGGGAAGAGUUGGUUCAAGUUAGCUGGACUAAUGGCAAUAAAAACAAAAACAAUAAUAAUGACGUUGAGAAAGAUUCCAAUAUUCAAGACAUUCGAAAAGAGGCCAAAAAAGAUGUUAAAGGAAAAAGAAAAGAAGUUGAAUCUGAAAUUGAUGAAGAGAAGAUUAAAGUCAAACCAAUAAAAGAUGGGGGAGUAGACAAGGUCAUUGAAAGAUUUAAUCAAACAAUUGAUUGGGUUGCUACCGAAAUUAUGCUCACACACUCUUUAGAAGAUCGAGUGAGAGUGAUUGAAAAGUUUAUACGAAUUGCGCAGGUUGUAGUCGAAAUAGAAAAUGUGGAAUCAU